GCCCGAAGUGUGCGAUAACGAUGGAAAACCCGAAGACGUCACCCACCGCUGAUCAUGACAGCCACUGCGCUCUCCGGCGAAUCCAGAAGCUCUCCCUCCAUCUCCUUCAACCUUUGCCAAACCUCGACCCUGAAAGUUCAGGCGACGACAACCAGAUAAUCCCGUCGCCUUGUGUCGGCGGUCGUGGUAGGCCGCCUCUAUCUGUGAGCCGGACGGAGUUGGUGGAAUACAUGAAGGGGAGACACCGCGAGAUCCAGGAACGGAUUUUUAGUUUCUUCGCCUCGCGGCCGGAGUUGCAGACGCCGGUGGAGAUCUCCACAGCGGACCAUCGGGAGCUCUGCAUGCGGCAGCUCAUAGCCCUGGUCCGCGAAGCCGGAAUCCGGCCGUUUCGAUAUGCGAUCGAGGAUCCUUCCGUUUACUUUUCCAUUGUUGAAGCGGCUGGGAGCAUUGAUAUCUCUCUUGGGAUCAAGUUGGGUGUUCAGUACAGUCUUUGGGGAGGCUCAGUGAUGAAUCUUGGAACUAAAAAGCACAGGGAAAAAUACUUUGAGGGCAUUGAUAAUAUAGAUUAUCCUGGCUGCUUUGCUAUGACAGAGCUCAAUCAUGGAUCAAACGUUCAGGGCCUCCAGACAACUGCAACAUUUGAUCCUCUCACUGAUGAAUUUGUAAUCAAAACACCAAAUGAUGGGGCCAUCAAAUGGUGGAUUGGUAAUGCCGCUGUUCAUGGAAAGUUUGCAACGGUCUUUGCUAAGUUGAUUUUACCCCUCCAAGGCAAAGGAGGAAAAUCUGUUGAUAUGGGUGUUCAUGCUUUUAUAGUCCCCAUAAGGGAUAUGGAAACACAUGCUACUCUUCCCAUGGUUGAGAUACAUGACUGUGGCCAUAAAGUAGGUCUUAAUGGGGUGGAUAAUGGUGCACUGCGCUUUCACUCUGUGAGAAUCCCUCGCGACAACCUUCUGAACCGUUUCGGAGAUGUUUCUCGUGAUGGGAAGUACACAAGUUCUCUCCCAACUAUUAAUAAGAGGUUUGCUGCUACACUUGGGGAACUGGUAGGAGGAAGAGUUGGUCUUGCUUAUUCCUCUGUGGGGGUUCUCAAAGUUUCUGUCACUAUUGCUGUAAGAUAUUCUCUACUCCGACAGCAAUUUGGUCCUCCCAAGCAACCAGAGGUCAGUAUACUCGAUUACCAGUCACAGCAGCACAAGCUUAUGCCCAUGCUUGCAUCAACAUAUGCUUUCCACUUCGCCACUCUAUAUCUGAUAGAUAAGUAUUCGGAGAUGAAGAAAUCUCAUGAUGAUGACAUUGUUAGUGAUGUACAUGCUCUUUCUGCUGGUCUGAAGGCUUAUGUGACAUCGUAUACAGCUAAAUCAAUCAGUGUUUGCCGAGAAUCAUGUGGCGGGCAUGGUUAUGCAGCUGUCAACCGCUUUGGUAUUCUUCGCAAUGACCAUGAUAUAUUCCAAACAUUCGAAGGGGACAACACUGUUCUCUUGCAGCAGGUUGCAGGUGACCUCUUGAAGCAAUAUAAGUCAAAGUUUCAAGGAGGGACUCUUACUGUGACAUGGAAUUACCUUCGAGAGUCCAUGGCUUCAUAUAUAUCCCAGCCAAAUCCUGUCACUACUCGAUGGCAAAGUGAAGACCAUCUUCGUGAUCCAAAUUUCCAGCUGGAUGCUUUCAGGUACCGAACAUCUCGAUUGCUUCAAAGCGUAGUGUUGCGCCUACGUAAACAUACCAAGACCCUUGGUGCUUUUGGCGCGUGGAACCGGUGUUUGAAUCAUCUCCUGACACUCGCAGAGUCUCAUGUAGAAUCUGUCAUCCUUGCAAAAUUCAUAGAGGCUGUUCAAAAAUGCCCAGAUAAGACCACAGGGAAUGUUUUGAAGCUUGUGUGUGACCUCUAUGCAUUGGACCGCAUAUGGAAUGACAUAGGCACUUACCGUAAUGUAGACUAUGUAGCUCCUAAUAAGGCUAAGGCAAUACACAAGCUGGUCGAAUACUUGAGUUUCCAAGUUAAGGGGGUUGCAAAGGAAUUGGUGGACGCCUUCGAUCUUCCUGAAAUUGUGAUCAGGGCGCCCAUCGGCAUGGCGUCAGAAGCAUAUUCUCAAUAUACAGAGUAUGUUGGGUUUUAGUUCACAACACUUCAUGCAUCGCAGCUCUGGAGAAAGCCAUCUGGUCUUGGUAAACAUAUCCUUAAAGUUAUAAUACAGAAGCAAAUCUUCCAUAGUUUUUUACUGUUAUGCAUGUAUUUAUCUACAACUUUUCUUUAAGUUUAAAAGCGUAUGAUAUUGUUGGCAUUUCACUAUAAUCAUGAUAGCCUCAAAAGCAAUGCUUUUCUGUUUCGUUUAUAAUUUGUAAUAAAUCGAUAGAAAUUAGAAAAUUGUUAUACUCUCAAAGAUGAUUCCUCAGUACAUGUUGGAAAUGUUUGGUUCUGUUGAAAUCACUCUUGGUAUUAUAAACGAUGUAGCAAAGUCCAGUUAAGGCUAACAAAUGUAGAUCUUCUGUUAAUGCAUUUUCUCUAUAUUGACCAGUUUUUCUUCUU